CGGGGCGGGACCGCCAAGACGCUGAUUCGCAGUGUGGGGAACUUGAACUUUGAAGCUCAAUUCAUCUCGUCCGAGCUUCAGUUCACAGCGCGUCUCCAACUCCCGCUCAAUCACCACCAACCUUCAACCUCUCGGCAGCAAUGCCCUCCCAAACCUCCCAACCACCACCACCACAACCACCAUAACCCAACCCUCAACCCAACCCAACCCAACACAGAGAACCUUUUUCAUAAAAAAAACAAAAACAAAAAAAAAAACAAAAGAAAUGUCAUCCAAACGCCACUCCACCGCCCCCUCCGCCCCCAAACCCCCAGUACACCUCUCCUCCCACCUCACCAUCGCCGACAGCGCCCAGCUGACAGGUACCCACCUGAUCGAGAUCCGCGGCGAGAGCGUGGUGCACCCGCGUGCGCGGCUGGAGUCUUCGGCGGGGCGGAUCGCGGUGGGCCGGCGGUGCGUGGUGCACGAGCGGGCGACGGUGGGCGCGGCGCCGAGCGCGGGGGGUGUUUCCGGGCGGGUGGCUGCUGCUGGUGCUGAUGGUGGUGGUGGUGUUGUUGCUGUGACGCUGGCGGAGUGCGUGACGGUGGAGGUCGGGGCGGUGAUUGAGGCGGGCGAGACGGUUAUUGGGGAGGGGACGGUGGUGGGUGUUGGGGCGAGGGUGGGGGCGCGGGCGGUUGUUGGGAAGCACUGCACGCUCACGCCGUAUACCGAGAUCGCCGCGGGCGAGGUGGUGCCCGACUUCACCGUGGUCUACUCCAACGGGUUGAGGAGGACGGACAAGCGGGGGGUGGCCGAGCUGAAGAACAAGGGGCUGGCGAGGCAGAUCGAUGUGCUGAAGAGGAUGAUACCCAGCAACCCGGCCAAGUUUGCUUGAUUCUUUGAUUCAUGAUUCAUUUUGCUUUUAGAGAUACCCCCAUUUCGUUAGACAUAACUCCGGUCUGUUGCCUGCCA